AGCCCCGAGGAGCAGGAGCAGGCUGGGCUGGGGCUUGGUUUCCGGGCUAAGCCACCCCUCCCGACGAGGAGCAGCAUCCGCUGCAGGGAGCGGCGGCUCCGUCCUGGUCCCCCGCUGCCACCGCCCCAGUCACCGGGGUCUCGAUGCUGCUCCUCAUCCUGCUCACCACGAGAGCCCCCACAUCCCGCGGGAGGGAGGUGCGGGAGCAGGCGUUCCCCAAAUGGCUCUGAUUCAAGACCCGGGAGAUCCUGCUCGCCGGGGACAGCACGUGGAGGCUGGUUCCCCAGGGUGCUGUGGUGACAUUGGGGUCUGCAGAGAGGUCAUGACCACCUAGCAGUCCCCAGCCCUGGGCGUCUCGGCGGGCUCGAGAUGGCGGCGCAGAGGAUCCGGGCAGCCAACUCCAGUGCCCUGCCACGGUGCAAGUCGGAGGGGACGCUCAUUGACCUCAGCGACGGCUUCUCAGAAAGCAGCCUGUGCGACGUCAAAGUGCCUUCUCCUAGUGCCUUGCUGGUUGACAAUCCCACAUCCUUUGGAAAUGCGAAGGAAGUAAUAGCAAUCAAAGAUUAUUGUCCAACUAAUUUUACCACUUUGAAGUUCUCCAAGGGGGACCAUCUUUAUGUCUUAGACACAUCAGGAGGUGAGUGGUGGUAUGCUCACAAUACUACAGAAAUGGGUUACAUCCCUUCUUCCUACGUCCAGCCUGUAAACUACCGCAACUCUUCCUUGACGGACAGCGGGAUGAUAGACAAUCUACUGGAGAGCCCUGACGAGGGGGUGAAGGAGUUAGACCUGCUUGGAGAAUGGGCCGAUGUGCAAAGAAACUCUCUGAAAACCAACAAUAACAACCCUUUCUUGAAUGGAGUCCAGACAAACCCGUUUCUGAAUGGGAAUUUACAAACAUUGACCAGCUCAGACAGAGAGCCCAACUCUAAAAUGUCUGUUGACUUGUUGCUCUUUGACACAGGGCCUCCUACUUCAACAGUUUCUAGCUCAGUCGCUAAUAGCAGCAUGGGUAAUAUUUUUGAUGAAUUUCCAUCCACAAACAGGCUGGACCUGGAACAGCCUGUGAAAAGGGACAAUCCCUUCUUCAGAAGUAAACGCUCUUACAGUUUGUCUGAACUGUCUGUUCUUCAAGCGAAGUCAGAUACUCCAGCAUCGUCAGGUUUCUUCAACGGUUUGAAGUCUCCCACCCCUGAGCAAUUCCAGAGCCGGGAAGAUUUUAGAACCGCGUGGCUGAACCACAGGAAGCUGGCCCGGUCUUGCCACGACUUGGAUUUGCUUGGCCAAAAUCCUGGCUGGGGUCAGACACAACCAGUGGAGACCAACAUUGUCUGCAAACUGGACAGCUCUGGUGGAGCUGUUCAGCUUCCAGACACCAACAUCAGCAUCCAUGUGCCAGAGGGUCAUGUGUGCCCUGGGGAAACGCAACAGAUCUCCAUGAAAGCUAUGCUAGAUCCACCACUGGAGCUGAACAGUGACAAGUGCAGCACCAUCAGUCCGGUCCUGCAGAUCAAACUCAGCAACAUGGAGGUGAAAACAUUUAUUAUUCUGGAGAUGAAGGUGUCAGCAGAGGUCAAGAACGACAUCAUGAGCAAGAGUUUGGUAGGACUACAAUGCCUACGGAGCGACAUGAAAGAGGGGCCAUACACACCCAUGCAGCUGAGAUAUUCAUAUGGGGACACAAUCCAGGUGCAGCUGGAGAAUCUAGAGCCUUGCAUGUACAUUGCGGCUGUAGCUCAAGGGCAGAACAUCCUCUACCCAUACACUGUUUGGGAUUACAUCAGCAAGAAGAUCACGGUUGGUGUCUAUGGCCCAAAACAUAUUCACCCUUCCUUUAAAACAGUUGUGGCUGUGUUUGGGCAUGAGUGUGCACCCAAGACUCUCCUAGUGAAUGAGGUCACGAGACAGUCUCAUAGCCCAGCUCCGGUUGCCCUACAGCUCUGGGGUAAGCACCAGUUUGCUCUGUCCCGGCCUCAGGACCUCAAGCUCUGCAUGUUCUCCAACAUGACCAACUAUGAGGUGAAAGCUAGUGAGCAAGCCAAAAUUGUGCGAGGCUUCCAGAUGAAGCUGGGCAAGGUCAGCCGCCUCAUCUUCCCCAUUACCUCCCACGACCCCAAUGAGCUCUCAGACUUCACACUAAGGAUACAGGUCAAGGACGACAAGGAUGCCAUUUUGACCCAGUUCUGUGUCCAGACACCACAGCCACCUCCUAAAAGUGCCAUCAAACCGACAGGGCAGAGGCGGUUCCUUAAGAAGAAUGAGGUUGGAAAGAUCAUCCUUUCACCUCUGGCUGCCACUGCCAAGUAUCCAGUUUUUCAGGACCGGCCAGUACUGAACUUGAAGUACGGCAAACUGCUGAAAACAGUGGUGCGGCAAAGCAAGAACCACUAUUUGCUGGAGUACAAGAAAGGAGAUGUCAUAGCCCUCCUCAGUGAGGAGAAGAUCAGGUUGAAGGGGCAGUUGUGGACAAAAGAGUGGUAUAUUGGCUACUACCAGGGCAAAAUAGGCCUUGUGCACACCAAAAAUGUGCUGGUGGUUGGAAAGGUCAAACCCAGCUACUUCUCUGGGCCUGAUCUCACCACCAGCCUGUUGCUUGAGCAAAUCCUGAGGCCCUGCAAAUUCCUGACCUACAUCUACGCCUCCGUGAGGACUCUGCUCAUGGAGAACCUCAGCAGCUGGCGAUCCUUUGCCGAUGCACUGGGGUAUUUGAACUUGCCGCUCACGUUUUUCUGCCGAGCAGAGCUGGACAGCGAGCCAGAGCGUGUGGCCUCCGUGCUGGAGAAGCUGAAGGAAGACUGCAACAACACAGAGAACAAGGACAGGAAAUCUUUCCAGAAGGAGCUGAUGACGGCCUUGCUGAAAAUGGACUGCCAGGGGCUGGUCGUCAGGCUGAUCCAGGACUUUGUGCUGCUGACCACAGCUGUGGAGGUGGCCCAGCGCUGGAGGGAGCUUGCUGAGAAGCUCGCUAAGGUCUCCAAGCAGCAGAUGGAUGCCUACGAGGCCCCGCACCGGGACAAGACGGGGGUGGUGGACAGCGAGGCCAUGUGGAAGCCCGCGUACGACUUCCUCCUCACCUGGAGCAGCCAGAUGGGUGAUAGCUACCGUGACGUGAUUCAGGAGCUGCACACGGGGUUGGACAAGAUGAAGAACCCCAUCACCAAGCGCUGGAAGCAUCUCACCGGCACCCUGAUCCUCGUCAACUCCUUGGACAUGCUCCGGGCAGCUGCCUUCAGCCCACAGGACCACGAGGAUUUCGCCAUCUAGCGCAGCUCCCUGCAGCGAUACUUCUGUCCAUGUCUCAUUUGAUGGUGUUGUCCAUAUUUCUGUGUUUUGUCCCUUUUUUAUAGCGGUUGAUUUUAAAAACAUGUGGAGAUUGCUCUCCCCAGGUUUAAAGAGGCCAAAGUUUGCAAGUUCUCAGCAGGACUGGAGAUCAGCAGGAGAUGACCCUCCUCCUGAUGGGAAUGCAUCCAGAAGGGAUGGCUUUUCAUAUGGAAUUGAUAUUGAUUAAACUAUUUCUUACUAAGAAGUUUAAAGGGAACAAGGGGUGGGGAGGGGAGUGGGAGGGAUCACAAAAGAGAACACAUUUUUUAAGCAUUUACAAAUAAAAAUAUAAUUUUUUUAAUGAGCAGUAAAGGUUGUAACCACUUUGGAGGGAAGCUGUUGCUGUUUUUUAUGUUGUAGAAACUGCUUUUAAAUUAUCAUUUUUGAGAUGAACGUGACUCAUGUAAAUAUGUAUUUAAGACGAAGCACAGUGAAUGCCCUGUGCCACUGCCGUGGUCAGGUUUUGGCAAACUCCCAGACAUGACUGUAGAGCACCGUAUGAACUUGGGAUGUCCUCAGCCCAGCAAGCAUCUUACACCAGAAAUGAGCUUUUUUUUUAAUUUUUUUUUUCCCUAUGUUCACAGGCCAUAUGACCUCUCUGGUUGAUUUUUUUUCAUUUUUUUUUUAGCCUACCUGCAAACAUGCAUUUUGUCAUCUGUGGAUAGGCUCGUUGCCUCUGUUCAGAUGCGCAGGUACUGUUUUUAACCAUGAGAAGUGACGCUGCCCCUGGCGCUUGGCCAAUGAUUCAUCCCACCUGGGUGCUGCAGGACAUGUCUGGAAGAAGCUGGAAGUUUGGGGUUAUGCAAAGAACUGCUCCUUGCUGCCUGGUGAGAUAGGUGGGAGGGUGGUGAGAAUGGUUCGCCCUGCCAUUGCAGCAAAUUACUUGGGUGCUCCUCUCCAGAAGCUCGUGUUCUGGGGAGGAGGCCAGAAAAGGGGAGGGAAUUGUUGUAAUCUACAUAUUAUCACCUUACCGAAAAAAAAAAAAAAAAAAAAAAAAAAAAAAAAGAAAAAAAAAAGAAAAAAAAAAAAAGAGAGAAAUUGUUUCUCCUAUUUGAAAUCUAUUCUCGAGCUCAACAGAGAUGUUCCAGAUAUGUUAUGUGACUUAAUGCUCAUUGCCAUUGAUUUCACAGGGCUUUGAAUGGGGCUGUUCAAGGCUGCUAAGUUCCAGAUGAACUUGUAAAUAUCCUUUGCUAUAAAACUGGUGCCAUUGAGCUAAAUAUUUAUGGUACCAAGUGCCCGUACUUGCCCCUGGUGUUUUAUAGCUGACUUUUGAACAACCUCCCCUCUUAUUUCUGCCCCCGAGCCUUGAAAUAUUUUACAUAGGAGGGAAAUAUUUUUGCACAGAAAAAAUAUUUUAAGUGCAAAGUCUCUUUAUAACGAAAUGCUGCUACCACCGAAAGGUUAGUUGUUAAGGAUAGUUUUCUUUCAGGUUGAACCAGAAAAAAAGAAAAAAAGUGUGGGGAAAGUACCUUUUAAAAGCCUGGUAGCAGCACACAAGAAGGGCUGCAUGGCCUUGCUUCAUGGCACUAGACUUCAUUUCUCCACCAUGAAGCUCCUAGGAAGCUGCAGGUGACAUUAACUCCCCAGCAAGAGGCGUGUGGGGUGAUUUGGUUGGCUCAUGCUGCACAGCGUGGUGUGGCUUGUAUGGUCUGCAGCAUGCAGGCAUUUGGUGGCCGAUGGUGCUGGCACGGCAGCCUCCAGAGAGAAUGAAUCGUCCUCCCACAGCACAAUCUCAUUGCCUCUAACCAAAACUGUGUCCCCAGAAGCGGUCACGCUCACCAGACCCCACAAGAAGUAAAUAGCACCUUAGUUUCUCCUCAGGGGCUUUAAGGAGUUUCCUAUGCAACAUAAAAUAGCACAGAAACAGGGUCUGCCAACAGCUGAGCCCGCAAUGUGUUUGCUUUCUCUCUACAACAGCAGGGCACCAUAAGAGCACAUUUUCCUUACGCCAAGCAAAAAUCUCCAACGCAAUAAGGAAAAGCUCUUGCAAGAGGCUCAGCCUUUGCCAGCAGGCAGAUCUGCUGACGGACAGCAGGCAGAGGGGUGGCUUCCUCACCUGCUUUGCCCAGAUCUUGGCUUUUGCUGCUCAAAAGCAGUGCGGGCUGUGCCGGGCUCCCCAACAACUGAGCUGGGCCAGGUUGUUCGCAGCAGGUGAGGGCAGCCCCUACCCUCCUGGGCAGAAGUUUUAGCCUCCCGUGACUCUGACAAGAUGGGAACAUCCCCAAAUAAAAAUCCCUAAAUUUCAGCACUUCCCCUCCCCACCAUUGGUUUUUCUAACUACCUCAGGUACUCCGUCUACCCAGCUUAACAUUUCACAGUGGCAGCCUGAAACUUCCCAUGCUCAGCCCCUUGGCUGCGCACACCCCUCCUUGAGGAUCAUGGGAACACAGCCAGCUCAUUUUGGGGUCCAUGGGGUAACCACUGCAUUAAUUUGUCCUGUCCUCCGUCAGAAAUCCAGUCUCUCCUCACGUGCUGGGACUGGGCGUGCAUCCUUCAGAUGCCUUCUGCCCACUAUUCAUCAAGCCCGUCUCUGAAACCUGUGUCUGGGCUCUGCGUUGCCACAGUUUGUGCAGUAACUGGUUAUUGUACUUACAAUCUUUUUUUUAAUGUUUUUGGAAAAAAAAAAAUUGCAAUUAAAGCUGUUACUAUUCCA